GUCCCGAGACUGUCGAUGUAUCCGCCCUGCGUGUGUCCUGCUGUGCUGUCGUGGACGUUCUCGUAGCUGUACGGUAUCUCGUGGUAACCGGUGCUGCGCUCGUGCCAGGCUUCCGGAACGGGCGUGUGGUACAAGCCGUAAUUAACCCCGUUGGUGGCGAUUUUUUUUAAACCCUGGAUCGAGGACAGCAUCAGGGCCAUCUUCGCGAGGAUGAGUGCCUUGCCGCCGAGGACCGCGAGGAACUGGAAGCCCAUGGGGAUGAGGACCGAGCCCAUCAGCAGGACGCCCAUCAUUAUAAUCGGCAUCAUCUGCAUCUGGCGGCGGCGACGGCGACGGCCUGCAAGAGGAAAGCUUGUGAUUUAUACGUUGCUUCCACCAAGUCGCCUCUAUUCAAUUCGCUACUCACGAGUACUCGCGGAACGAAACCGCGAGACUUUUAAUUAAAGACGCGGCAGCUACUUUAAUUAAGCAGCCGCGUCUUAUCGUAAUCUCGAAACUUUAAACGAGUUUAGCUGUAUAUACUCCGGUAGUUGGAGCUAAUUGAAAAAUGACAAAUGUUUUCCAAGCCCGACUCGUGGAGAAAAAGGAGCUUAUUACAUACCUCUGGGCUCGAUCCGUCCAUCGACGGCUCUGGCACUGCUGGCAGCGGUGACAACGUUCGCUGCUGGUGAACGUCGCAUCAGCCGCUCAAAGUCGAGCUUGAUGACGUGGGUGCGCAGUACUCGGGACAGGCGGCUGGUCAGUCUCUCGCGCCAGCUGAUCUCCUUGUCCUCCGGAUAGGCCUUCUCGCGAAUACGAUUCAGCAGGUUUCUGUAGAAUUUGAACGAGUCGCUAUUGUUUCCAUCUGCGCAAUCGGUUGCUGCACAACCGCGGCUUAUCUCGGCGCGAUGAUUUACGAUUGCGUGCGUUCGUUCAGAUUAUUAGCGAGUUUUCGCGGAGAGGAAAGAUAAGAUCGCUUCCGUGAAUCCGGCCAGUGCGCACUUAUCGCCGAUAACUUUCCUCGGCGUCGAGUGGAUUUUCCGAAUCGCAUGAAAAACAAACAGUACCUGACGUUGAACGUGACAGUGGCAUUGGCCUCGGGCCGGAACUUGACCAGCUCGAAUCCGCUCACCAGCGGGAUGACGUCGUCCUCGAGGAUGUCGUCGAUGGCCAUGAGGGCCCGCUUCCUCGCGCAGUCGGCCAGCGACUCGACGAACGCGAGGCCCUUGUUCUCCAGUCGGGCCGUCUUGACGGGGCAGUCCUCGAGCAGCGUCUUCAGGCCCGCGAGCCACUGGCUGCCGGCGAGAACCGAGGGCGACCUGGCGACGAGUCCGCAGAGGAUCGCGAGAAACAGGAGAGUCGACAUGACGGGCCGGUCGGCUGCACUAGUCUAUGCGCUCGAGCGUGAGCCGUCCCGAAGUAUUUAUGGGCUUCGGAUAUGGGGAACUGUGUCGCGGCCGGGGUGAUGCGCAGCGCGAGACGCUUCGCCGGAGUGGAUAAUGACAGGCGUACCCCCGCGUCGUCGCUCGGACUUUUCUCGACUCGUGCGCGCGCGCGCUCGCGAGGGAAUAUACUUACUCGAUCAUUUCUAGCUCGUUAUGUCCUCAUUACGGGCGCUCGUUGCAGGCUUUCCAUUCUGCCUCGAUUCCGGGGCGCGCGACGGCUCGUCAUUUUCCGCGAAAGAAACGUUAUAUAAUUAUUCGCCGCGAUCGAUCAAUCAGGGAGAGCCUGCAUCACUCGAGAGCCGCUAAUCCCGGGCUCAGCCGUAUCCGCAUACGUGCAUCUCGUCUCGGCUACUCCAGUAUGAGGCAGCUGUACGUUCCUAUAUAGAUCGAUGUUAUCGGGGGAAGCGCCGAUAGCGCGAAACGUGAUUCCGAUCGCGGAGCCCGGAGAAAAGAAGAGCCGUCUACGUGAGACUCGAGUCGGUUGGGCUUAUCGCGAGCGUUUACGCUACUCGGGAAAAAGUCGCGCGAUCAGCCGCUGGCAAGGGUAUAAGUAUCGGAGAGCGCGCUCGGAAGCUCAGUGAUGUAUAGUAGUGCGUAAACGAUGAUGGAGCGCAAGCGGUACACGAUGGAAGAGGUGGCCAAGUGCACGGGGGAGAACGGCAGCCGCUGCUGGAUCAUCCUCUGGGGUAGCGUCUACGACGUGACGGACUACCUGGAGCAGCACCCGGGCGGCGGCGAGCUAAUCGGCGAGUUUGCCGGCAUGGACGCGAGCAAGGGCUUCGACGACUUUGGUCAUUCCAGCGACGCUAAGAAGAUGCUCAAAAAGUACGAGAUCGGCGUCGUGGCGAAGACGGAGACGAGCGACGGCAAGGCCGAUCGGAUGAGUCGCGAAAACACCAAGCAGCGGAGGAAAUUCCUGAGCAUCAUCCUCGGCCCCUGCGCCUCCGCGUGAUCGCCGCCGGCGCCCCGCCCGAUGACGGGAUGUGCGCGCGCGCGCGCGCGCGCGUGUGCGUAAUAAGCAUAAUGACCAGCUGCUGCGGCUCGUUGGAAAAAGUGGCACACAUUUUAUUCGCCAAGAGUAAAAGUUGAGAAUCAUGUACAAGAAACAGAGUAUAAUAGUAGCGCAAGUAGCAGAGCGGCGCGCUCAGAUCCAGCCGCCGACGAUCUGGCCGGUGGCCUUGGACCUGCCCCGGGCCUUGGUGGUCGGUCCCUCGUCGGCCGUCGGUUUCUUCGGCUCGGAGGCUGCCGCCGAGGGCUGCUUCUUCAGCGAGGCCGCCCUCGAGCCGAUCGGGGCCUUGGACUCCUCGUGCGGCUCCUCCGGGAUGGGCGAGGGUCCGCCGCGCUGCUCCUGGGACGGCUUGGCCUCGAGGCUCGACUUGCCGGCCUCGGGCUUGUCGCUGCUCGCCGCCUUGAUCAGGCUCUUCUUGCUCAGAGUGCCGAGAGCCCGGGUCGCCGGAGGAGGCCUGUCGGGGGGCUUCUCCCCGGGCUUGGCCGGGUCGAUGAUGGCCACGCGCUGGCUCGAGCGCUUGGAGGUCUUGCCCUCGCCGUCCGCCGGAGCCUCUUCUGCGAACGGUUGGUGCGCGCGCGUGCGUUUUCGUAAUUUAAGCUGCCUUUAUGAGUUCUCUACGAAUAAAUGAUUUUCCCUCCGA